GGGUCCGUGGGGAGCCGGAGCCUGGGCGGGCCCGAGUCAAAGGCAAGUGAAGGUGGAAGCGGCCGCGGCGGCAGCAGACCCCAGAGUCAGGAGGAGUGAGAACCCUGACCCCUAAUCUCACUACGUCCAGCCAAUAGGAGACCAGCCACCAUGGCGGAGCUGCAGGAGGUGCAGAUCACUGAGGAGAAGCCACUGUUGCCAGGACAGACACCUGAGGCAGCCAAGGAGGCUGAGUUAGCGGCCCGAAUCCUCCUGGACCAGGGACAGACGCACUCUGUGGAGACACCUUAUGGCUCUGUCACUUUUACUGUCUAUGGCACUCCUAAACCCAAACGUCCAGCGAUAUUCACCUACCACGAUGUGGGACUCAACUAUAAAUCUUGCUUCCAGCCACUGUUUCAAUUCGGGGAUAUGCAGGAAAUCAUUCAGAACUUCGUGCGGGUUCAUGUGGAUGCCCCUGGAAUGGAAGAGGGGGCGCCUGUUUUCCCUUUGGGAUAUCAGUACCCGUCUCUGGACCAGCUUGCAGACAUGAUCCCUUGCAUCUUGCAGUACUUAAAUUUCUCUACAAUAAUUGGAGUUGGCGUUGGUGCUGGAGCUUACAUCCUGUCGCGAUAUGCUCUUAACCACCCAGACACAGUUGAAGGUCUUGUCCUCAUCAACAUUGAUCCCAAUGCGAAGGGUUGGAUGGAUUGGGCAGCCCACAAGCUAACGGGCCUCACCUCUUCCGUUGCGGAGAUGAUCCUUGGACAUCUUUUUAGCCAGGAAGAGCUGUCUAGAAAUUCUGAGUUGAUACAAAAGUAUAGAAAUAUCAUUACACAUGCACCGAACCUGGAGAACAUUGAACUGUAUUGGAACAGCUACAACAACCGCCGGGACCUGAACUUUGAGCGUGGAGGUGAUAUCACCCUCAAGUGUCCUGUGAUGCUGGUGGUAGGAGACCAAGCACCUCACGAAGAUGCAGUGGUGGAAUGUAACUCAAAGCUGGACCCCACUCAGACCUCGUUCCUCAAGAUGGCUGACUCUGGAGGUCAGCCCCAGCUGACUCAGCCAGGCAAGCUGACUGAGGCCUUCAAGUACUUCCUGCAAGGCAUGGGCUACAUGGCCUCAUCCUGCAUGACCCGCCUGUCCCGGUCUCGCACAGCCUCUCUGACCAGUGCAGCAUCCAUCGAUGGCAACCGGUCCCGCUCUCGCACCCUGUCCCAGAGCAGCGAGUCUGGGACUCUUUCUUCAGGGCCCCCGGGGCACACCAUGGAGGUCUCCUGUUGAGUGACCCUUGUUGCCCCAGUGUGGGACCCAGCCCUCACCUCCCCCAGAACUAACCUGGGAGGUGCAUAAGGGCAUUGGGCCAGAGUAAGCAAGAGAAAAUGGGCAGAUCAUAUGGGGAGACGAUCUUCAUCUUUGCUACCCUAACUUUGACCUUUAACCUGUGAUUCUCCCUAGCUCCUGGGAGAGAUGUCCUAAUAUCUCUUAGGGACCCAGACCCCUAAAUUAUCCUCCUCCCCCAUUUUGGUGUUAAGGUGGAGAGGGCAUGUAUCCUCUCUCUCUGAUUUAGGUGUCUGUAGAUGAGGGAUAAGAGGUUGGUGCGGUUGUCAUGGUGCCUCCAUCAGAUUCUCCCUACUUAUCCCAUAUUUGCAAGGGGAGGGGAUUUGGGGCUGGGACUCCAUUUACCAAAGCUGAUAUGGCUUCUCGUUAACCCUGCAGGGCUGCCGAAAGGUAUAGGCCUAAAUGAAUGUGUGUCAAGGGGAGACUUCUGGUGGGUUAGUGGUCCUCAGGAUAUGAUAGCAGCAUCCAGUGUGCAAAAAGGAAGUUGGAAUGGGAGGUGGUGGGCAAUGAAGGUGUCUGGAGGAGGGAUUGGCUCUAGGUGGGCAAUAGGAGGGGCCUGGGGCCAUUUGGCUGCACUAACUUUGGUAGCUAUAGGUGUGCAUCUAGAGUGGGAUGGGGAGGGAGCUUAGCUUGGGCUGGGCUGCUUGGGGCUCAGAAUAGGGGUGGAAAGGGCUACCCCAGGGCUCUGACUACACUGCAUUAUGUGUGGAGGGUGCCCUCCUGUCUCCCACGACUUCUGCUGUAACAAUAAACUGUAGAGGAAUCUGAGCACCAUUA